CGCUCACUGACGAGCAUUGUCACAGAUCCCGGCGUUGAUCAUGGAGCAAGGACCAGCAUUGACCAUGGCUACUGCUACACCGAGAUCUCAAACGCCAGUUCCAAGCGAGAAUAGACAGGGUUCGACGAACGAGACUGCCGCCACCAGGGACCCUACCGCAGAGAGUGGAAUGCCUGCUGUCAAACCGUCGACAGAAAUCUCUGAGAAUAACGAGGACGCUGUAGGAGUUGAGACGAGAAGUCAAGAUGAGCCCAAGUCAGACGCCACGUCGCUGCAAACUACCGCUCAAAGAGCCUUUCAGAAUGGGCUGUCGAGGGAAAAUCUGGAGCAGGAGGUGAACCAAGUCAUGGGAACUUUCAACUCCUGGUGGGGAGGACUGAAGAAGCAGUCCGCCACUGCGUAUACCAGUCUCAAAGCUGAGGUGGACAAGACCGUCAGUCAGGCUCAGGCAGAUCUCGAACACCUUCGAACCGCCAAGAUUGAAGUUGGCGUCAAGGACACUAGUCUCACCCGUGCGCUGACCGGGGAGGAGCAACCUGCAGACGAUAUCAAAGGAAAGGGAAAAGCGAAGGAAGAGUCAUCGAGUCCAAUAGGCGAAAAGUCAUCCGAAGACCAAACACCAGGGACCACACUCCUCAACCGAAUCACGUCGUCUACUAACCAAAUCCAACAAUCGCUACAAUCCACGAUCCAAUCUACCAUCGCUUCCGCUCAAUCCAAUCCUGCACUUUCGAAUCCCAAUCAGCUUAGGGCUCAGAUCGCGGAGAACCUCAGGCUUUCCUCAGCCAAAGAGAAUCUGCAAUUAUCCAUGAAGCAGGCUGAAAAGCUCGCUGAGGAGUACAUGAAAAAGGGAGACCAAUGGAUCAAAGGAGCAGAGAAAUGGAUGGAGGAAGCGGUCAAAGUCUUACCGCCUGAUGACGAUGAUGAAGCUCGAUAUGUCGCUACGACCUGGGACGCUGGGGACUUCUACUCGUUCUCGACUUCUUCAUCCGCGAGAUCAAAAGUGCAGAAGGGCGAUGUCUUGUUCGAUGUCGCCGGGCGCAGCUCACGUUCGGGCGUACCCGGGGCUGUCGUAGCGGCAUCGAGAAAGGAGUCUUUGUUGAGGAGAUUGAGGGAAGACAAGGAUUUGCUACUGGUCGACCCAGAGGGUGAAGGGGAGAGCGAGGAGAGAAAGGCCGAGUUCAAACAGUUCAUCGAAAAACAAUGGCCUGAAUUGAGCAAGCAAGGCAAGGAGAAGGAGGAGGCCCAUGUGGGGACGAUUCGCAUGGAAUUGGUUCCCGAGAGCCUGUCGGACGAGCAAUUCUGGCAACGAUAUCUGUUCCACAAGUCGAUGAUCGAAGCAGAGGAUGAGAAGAGGAAAAAGGUCCUCGAGGCGUCUCAGGAAGCUCAGCAGGAAGAUUUCAACUGGGACGACGAAGACGAUGCGUCCCCAUCGAGUCCAGUAGGAGCAUCGGCUGGAGAAGCCAAUCCUCGAUCAUCGACCACCACACUGAGACCGCCCGCGUCGAACGAAUCUGAACAGAAUAAGGAAGCCGAUCAGGCUCUGACGACUCCCAAAGCGCCCUCUGAGACUCAGGUCCCCAAACAUGCGGGCGUCACAGGCGCAUCGACAUCCACUAGUCCUCGCGAUUCCGAGGAGAGUUAUGACCUCGUCUCGGAUCAGGGAGGAAAGGGUGGCAAAGGUGCUUCCAAACCUGCGGCUCCUUCACAGCAGGACGAUGACGAAGAUUCAGACUGGGAGUAGAUGGCUCAUGUGGAUUUGGGAUACUAUUUGUCGACUGGGCUUAGAAUUUCAUAUGGGAGGUGUACGUAGGCGUACAUGUCGAUGUUGUGUGUAUAGUAUGCUUCUCAUCCCCAGC